AGUGGUGGAUCUUUCUCUGUGGCCUCAGUUCAGGCUUUGGGUCGCCGAUCAAAAGCAGUUGGAUAAGAUGGCUGGAGUUUGUUUACUGGCUUUUAUAGCUGGCUUACUGCUGGAGACGUACGGACUGCCCGUCGAAAUCAAAGAGAAAGACAAAGAUGGUGACCAGUGAAGACCACCCCCCUGCCAUAAUGAAGAAGCCGUGUUCGUGUCUCAGCAGACAGCAGACACGGUGCUGCAUCGCCUGCGCAGGUACAACAGCGGCCUUCUUGAAGAAAUGAUGCAGAAAGACAACCUGGAGCGGGAGUGUAAAGAAGAAACCUGCACGCUAGAGGAGGCCAGGGAGGUGUUUGAGGAUAAUGGCAAAACUAUGGCAUUCUGGGCCGUCAACAUUGAUGGUGACCAGUGUAGACCACCCCCCUGCCAUAAUGAAGGUGUGUGUGAAGAUGGAAUCGGCGCCUAUGUCUGUUACUGCAAACCAAACUUCAGUGGCAAGAACUGUGAGAUUGAAGAGCGCAAGCAGUGGUCGGUCCACAAUGGUGGAUGUUCCCAUUUCUGUGUGAUUCAGGCAAUGAUACCCGUGUGUAGAUGUGCAGCUGGUUACAGACUCGGGCCAGACAAGAAGACCUGUGAACCAACAGAACAAUUCAGCUGUGGUCGUCUGAACACACCCGCCUCCUCCGCCACCAGCUCCAUAACCCCGCAGUCAUCAAAUUCCAGCUACACCCUGGAUGAUGACUAUAAAGAGGAUAUUUCACAGGUUUAUGACUACUACGACGAAAUCCCUACCGAGGAUUCGGACUUGUCCAACAUCUCCGUGGCAGUGAACAAUCGAUCAGUGAGGUCAGCUUUAAGCUCCUCUGUAAAACCAGAGGAGGCGAGCAGUGUCUUUGAAAAACUGAAAAAGCUGCUGCCUUCCUGGGCUUUCUUCCCCCCCACCAUCACAGCGCAGGACAACACGGACCAGAGGAUUGUGGGAGGCGAUGAGGCAAACUUUAAAGGGAUACCUUGGCAGGUCGCCCUGAUGGCUCACCCAACCGUCCCUCACAGAGCAAAGGCUUUCUGUGGAGGAUCUCUGCUCAGUGAACUAUGGGUCGCCACCGCUGCCAGUUGUCUGCAGCAAGUUAAUACGAACAUCAAUUUCUUCAUCAGAGUGGGUGAACAUGACGUGGACCAGGAUGAGGGAAAUGAGCAAGACCGUGCGGUUGUAGAGAUGCUUAGACACCCCAUGUAUAAUCCAAAGAAAUCUCUCUAUAACCAUGAUAUUGCACUACUGAAGCUUGCCAGUCCAGUGGAACUGUCCAAUCAACGGCGUCCCAUCUGCCUGGGUCCCAAAGACUUUACAGAGACCAUAUUGAGGGAAUCCAUCAACUCUCUGGUGAGCGGCUGGGGAAAGUUGGACUUCAAUGGCAGACAGUCUCCCACGCUUAAGAAGCUGGAGGUCCCCUACGUGGACCGCACCGCGUGUAAAGCGAGCAGCCGGGAACAGAUCACACGCUACAUGUUCUGUUCUGGCUUCCGAAAUGGCAAUAAGGAUGCAUGCCAGGGGGACAGUGGGGGGCCGCAUGCCACUAAUUACAAAGGCACUUGGUUCCUAACAGGUAUCAUCAGCUGGGGGGAGGAAUGUGCUUUGGAAGGAAAGUAUGGCGUCUAUACUCGAGUGUCGCGUUACCACAAAUGGAUCAGUUUGACAACAGGGAUCCCAAUCGACAACUGACCAAUAUAAAGGAAUAACAAGAGCUGUCAGCCAACACAAUAUACAGAGCAAGUGAAAGAUGUUCUUCGUUCUUCGACUGAAUCAUGUUGUUUUAGAUUCUUCAAUAAAAAGUUAAUCAAAUGAG